CGCUCCAAUCACCGCAACCAUGAAGAUCGUUUUCACCGCCGUAUUCGCUCUCUUUGCCACCGUCAUGGCCGCUCCCUCCGUCGAGAACGUUGGCGCAGCCGAGAGUCUCGUUGAGAAACGCUGCCUCGGGGCAGGUGCGGAGACCAGCAACUUCAACGACUGCUGCAGUGGGCAGGGAUAUGCGGACCGAGGCUGCGCGUGCACUAGGUGCUUGUGA